GCCAGUGAUUAUGUAGCAGUGAGAUUAUAGUAAGUGAUCUGUAUCAAUGUAAAUUGUUUGUACAAUAUGGUCGAAAUCACAUGAUUUGAUAAAUGUACAUCGUGAUCACACGCUACAUUAUAAUUUACUAUGAAAGUGGAUUAUUGGAUUUAACCAAAAAGAGUAAAGAGAUGGUAAAAUGGAAAAUGGCGAGACUGAUUCAGUACGACAGGAACCAAGCGAGCCUGGCACCCACUGUUCGUCAGGAUCCGAGCUGGUCGUCGGGUACACAGUUACAGAUCAGUCUAGAAGUGGAUUACGUGACGUCAGUGAUACGGUUAUCAGAUUUAGCAAAGGCGCUGGUAUUAGAGAUAGCAGUUUUAUCGACACGAACUUUAAAGAGAUUGAUAAUCUUGAUGAAUUAGAUAGGGGGAAUAGUUCACGCGACACUUCACGUGAUAGUGCACACGACAGUGAUUAUUUUACUAAUCUGAGUUCACAGUCACCGGAAACACGGGAUCUAAAUGCUCGUUGCUUUGACGACAAAAUUGGUGCAAAUGGCGAUGUGGUGCAAACGAAAACGCGUGAAAUUCGUGCUAAUGGGAUUGAAAGUUCGGCUGAAUCUUAUACGGAACGGAUUUUAAGAAGUGGUACCUGGCCUCUCGCUGAGGGCAGUUGCCGACUGCAUGUAUCUAUUAGCAAUGAUGAUUCAAAAGAGAAUUCACGGAAAACACGUGCAGGACAAGAAAAUAGUGAAUCUAAGGCGAAUUCUGAUGACAACGAUGAAACUAUAGAAGAAGACAAAGGUUUUAGUUUGAGAACGUUGACACGUGAUCAGAUUGUAAUACUCAUAGCAACUAGUUUUACAAAUUUACUCAGUUUUCUCAGUCUCUCCAUCCUGGCACCUUUCUUCCCGAUUGAGGCGGACAAGAAAGAUGUAAACAGCACCAUAUCAGGGUGGAUUUUCGGCGUAUUUGCUCUUGUACAGUUCCUCACGUCUCCGCUUUUUGGACGGCUUCUACCUGUUGUUGGUUGUAGAUUUAUGUAUAUCGCUGGAUUGUUCAUGUGCGGUGGAUGUACUCUUCUAUUCGGUAUUCUAGACAGAGUAGACACGUCUGAUAGUAUAGUAUUAUUUGUGAGUUUGUGUUUUGUCACACGAGUCCUGCUGGCUCUCGGCUGUACAGGUCUUAGUAACGCCGGCUUUGUUAUGCUUGUGAGGCACUUUCCUGACAGCGUCGCUACAGUGUUUGGUAUUGGUGAAGUAUUUACGGGUAUAGGUAUGGUGGCAGGGCCAGCAGUCGGUGGCUUCCUCUAUGCUGCUGGUGGUUUUAUUCUACCGUUCGCUGUGAUUGGCGGCUGUUCUUUCAUAGCGUUACCACUUAUCUGGUAUUUCAUUCCAAUACAAAACGAUGUAAAUGAGGAUACUAACGACGACUUGUCCAUUAGAAAAAUGCUAAUAUAUCCCCGAACAAUUGUAAACAGUAUCGUUGUCAUCAUUGCGGCGUCGGUAUGGUCCGUGCUGGACCCUACAUUGGAGCCACAUCUACGUGUGUAUGGUCUUGGUCCGGAGUUGGUUGGUGUGUUAUUUUUAAUAAUGGCAGCAUUUUAUUCGGUGACGUCACCAAUAUGGGGUCGCGUGGCAGACAAGCUACCGGACAACAGAUUUCUGUUGGUACCUGGUAUGUUAGUCUGUGCAGCAGGUCUUCUACUGGUUGGACCGUCACCUGUUCUUGGGUUUGAAAUCAGUUUUAAUGAAUUAUGGCUGACAAUACUCUCGCUGGUUGUCCUGGGCGUGGGCUCCAGUAUGGCGGUGAUACCGACCUAUGAUGUCUAUAUUGAUAUUCUAGGUGAAAUCGGAUAUCCUGAAGACACACGAACAUACGGAAUGGUAUCAGGUCUUUGGGUCUCGAUGUAUGCCCUAGGAGAUUUUGCGGGUCCAAGUCUCGGUGGUUUUCUGUUUGAUACGAUCGGGUUUGAAUGGUUGACUACAUGGAUAGCUGCCGCAUGUGUUUUCACUGGUAUUUUAAUCUGUGUUACGUGGUUUAUUGAAAAGAAAUGUUGCCAGAAAACACGUCAGCAGACGUCAGUAGCACGAGUUCAUAAUGACGUCACAGAGAAAACACCGUUACUGGCCUCUGUACCGGAAACGGAUGUGUUAAACACGUACCCGCCCGGAUCUACGUAUUCCUCAUCUUAUUCAGCCGUGUGAACACAGCUUGGUUAUUGCUGUUUUACAGCUAAAUUAGUAUUUCAUUUUAGCUUUCGAAUCUAUUUCGCUUGUCGUAGGAAAGAUUUAAGUUAUAAGCAAAUUAUAGGAGGGUGCUGAAACACUGGUUGAACUAUUUUCUCCUGUACAGAAAGGGUCGUUGGUUUUAUUAGCUCAUCUGAUUUUUUGAAAAAAAAAUGAUGAGUUAUUGUCAUCACUUGAGCGGUGUCGGCGUCUGCAUCGGCGUUGCCUGGUUAAGUUUUAUGUUUAGGUCAGCUUUUCUCCUAAACUAUCAAAGCUAUUGCUUUGAAACUUGGAAUACUUGUUCACCAUCAUAAGCUGACCCUGUAUAGCAAGAAACAUAACACCAUCUUGCUUUUUGCAAGAUUUAUGGCCCCAUUUGUACUUAGAAAAUAUCAGAUUUCUUGGUUAAGUUUUAUGUUUAGGUCAGUUUUUCUCCUAAACUAUCAAAGCUAUUGUUUUGAAACUUGGAAUACUUGUUCACCAUCAUAAGCAGACCCUUUAAAUCAAGAAACAUCACUCCAUCCUACUUUUAGCAAGAAUUAUUGCUCCUUUUGGACUUAGAAAAUCAGUUUUCUUGGUUAAGUUUUAGGUUUAGGUCAGCAUUUCUCCUAAACUAUCAAAGCUAUUGCUUUAAAACUUGCAACACUUGUUCACCAUCAUAAGUUGACCCUGUACAGCAAGAAACAUCACUCCAUCCUGCUUUUUGCAAGAUUUAUGGCCCCUUUUGGACUUAGAAAAUAUCAGAUUUCUGGGUUAAGUUUUAUGUUUAGGUCAACUUUUUCUCUUAAACUAUCAAAGCUAUUGCUUUGAAACUUGCAACACUUGUUCGCCAUCAUUAGCUUACCCUGUACAGCAAGCAACAUAACUCCAUCCUGCUUUUUGCAAUAAUUAUUGCCCCUUUUGGACUUAGAAAAUCAUUUUCUUGGUUGAGUAUUAUGUUUAAGUCAACUUUUCUCAUAAACUAUCAAAGCUAUAAUAAUUGCUUUAAAACUUGCAACAGUUUUUCACCAUCAUAAGCGGACGCUGUACAUCAAGAAACAUAACUCUUUCCUGCUUUUUUGCAAGAAUGAUGACCCUUUUUAGACUUAGAAAAUCAUGGGUAGGACAAUAUUUCUAUUAUACAAAAAAAAAAUCAGAUGAGCGUCAGAACCCGCAAGGCGGUGCUCUUGUUAUAUAUGUGGGGAUAUUCAGAAAACUACUUUACGCCUAAAAAUCAAUAACUUUGAACACGAUUCAUUGUAACAAUAGAAAGUAAUGGUAACGAAGUAUCAACGAAUACUACAAACAAAGUUUCGGUGCACAUGAAUGCAAUGAUCAAAUAGGGAGAAUAACGUUAUUGUCUCAUCUUUCUUGUCUCUCUUUUUAAAUCGAACGUGCAUAUUUAUUGAAGAUUUGAAACAUCAGGUAUUUUAUUGUCUCAAACUUAAAUAUACAUGAACUAUAAUUCCGUAUGGUUGGAGAAGCUAUUUGUUUGGCAACUUUUUACCUUGUAAGUUUUCUGAAACACUUUUAAAUAGAUUUAUGUUAUAUAUUUUUUUUUUUUGGGGGGGGGGGGGUGGUUAACGUCGCACCGACCGACACAUGAUAGGUCAUAUGGCGAUUUCCAGCUUCGAUGGUGGAGUAAGACCCAAGGUGCCCCUCCGUGCAUUAUUUCAUCACGAGCGGGCACCUGGGUAGAACUACCGACCUUCCGUAAGCCAGCUGGAUGGCUUCAUCACAUUAAGAAUUCAACGCCCCGAGUGAGGCUCGAACCCACAUCGAUGAAGGGCAAGUGAUUUGAAGUCACUCGGCCACGGAGGUCCCUGUUAUAUUAUAUUAUUUCAUAAAGUACGUUUGACUUUGUAAGAAGCUAUUAUAAGCACUAUAAUACUCAUGUUAUGUGUUCGUUAUUUCAAUCCAUAUAUAUAUCUGUGAUGCAAGUAUAUGAUAAUUAUUAUUUUCAAAUAUUGUUAAUUAACGUUGCCAUGUUAUCUGAAUAAAAUAGAAAAGUUUUCUUA